GUUUAACCUGACCACUGGUGAAGAGGUUAAAUGUAAAUCAGACCUCAUGAUUUUCCAAGAGCUUAGGGAUGAAUUUGCACGAUGGAAGUUCCUCUUGGACCGUUCGGGAAGGAUCUACUAAGAUUGAAGCUAUCAAGCAGGAGAAAGAAUCGCUGGCCGCGUCCAUGUUGAGGACUCAGUUCAAGAUGGAGCUCAUUGUUUACAGUCAAGAUGGCACAUACAGUCAAAGCCUCCAACAGACAAAAGAGAAACUGGAGGAGGAGGAAGAAGAGGAAACUUCACCAUGUAAACCUAAAUUUAAUCCUAAAAUUCCAUAUUCGUUUAAUUUUGGAAACCCAGUAAUUGGCUCAAGCAGUCACGCCACCUUGCGUGAGAUGAAGCUCCACGUCGAGUCCUAUUACUCAAUUGCAAGCAAGCGUCUAGCUGACCAGGUCCCAAUGGUGAUCCGUUACCAGCUUCUCCAAGAGGCUGCGGCGGAGCUGCAGAGAAACAUGUUGCAGUUGCUGCAGGAGAAGGAUGCUGUAGAUGACCUGCUUAAAGAAGACCACGACAUUGGCCAGAAGCGUGAGCAGUUACUUAACCGCAAGAAGCGGCUAUUGAAAGCACGCAACCUCCUGAAUGCCUUUUAGAAUGUGGUUAUCAUACAGUCAUAUACUGCAGUAUUUCAAUACAACAGUGUUAAAGAAACCCCGAGCAGCAUGGGUAGCAAAUACUGUUCACAGUUCCUAAAUCCUUGUUAACGGUUUUAUUUAGUUUGUUAAACACUUAUAUUGCAAUAUUGUUUACAUGUUCCAGAAUUUCCUGUUUAUUUGAUUGAUAAAAUCAUGAUGUACAAAAGCUGCAUUAUGCAAUAAACGUUUUCCAAAUUUUCA